AUGAGUCUUUAAAAUAUAGCAUAUACAACAGUUCUGGCGUUCAGAUUGGAAACAAUAAUUAUAUGGAGAUUGGUGGAAUGAGUUCAUUGGUACCGGACAGCAUGUACAUGAACUUGAAAGAAGACCCAGCUUCUAAGUACCAAGAUAUCUUUGAUAAUACCGCUAGCCUGACUGAUAAGCACCUGGACCCAGUCAGAGAAAAUCUGGGCAAGCAAUGGAAAAACCUUGCCCGUAAGCUGGGCUUCUCCCAAUCUCAGAUUGAUGAAAUUGACCAUGACUACGAGCGAGAUGGACUAAAAGAAAAGGUUUACCAGAUGCUCCAAAAGUGGCUGAUGAGGGAAGGCAGCAAGGGGGCCACGGUGGGAAAGCUGGCCUAUGCCCUCUACCAGUGUUCCAGGAUAGACCUGCUGAGCAUCUUGACACACAUCAGCCAGAACUAA